AUGGAAACUCGACCACUUGUUGCCCACCCUUGGCGGCCUCGGCCAUCUCGCCAUUCGGUCUACAUCCGGCGAGUCUGGACCAUAGCAUACCCUUUCUUUGUUGCCUUUUACGUUGUCACGAUUGUUGUUCUCUCCCUAUCCGGCGUUCGUGCCACAAGAGGACGUGUUUCUUUCCUAGAUCCCGCCCCUGAACCCCAAGACAACCCAAUCUCCUUGCAAGAAGCCUACCAAGCCCUUCAAUGCCACACCCAACAACAAACAGCCACUCUCCUAUCCUUGAGCCCUGCUGGGCUUCUCGGAGCUGACCAGGUCUACGCAGGGAACGUGAUGCUGGGCUUGGGCAAGUUGCUCGUGGGCAUCGCGGCGUUGCUCACUUGGAUUGGAUUUUGGGUCAUCGACAAGGAGAAAUAUCCCUUGUGGGCGAUGGACCUCUUGAGCUUGACUGGGGCCCUGACAGUGCUGUGGCUUUCGUGGGGAGGUUUGGAUGCCGUGAUGUUCGUGAGCAUGUCAAGCCACUACGUCACACCUCUAGAAUCCUCCCAUACCCACGCAUCACAUCGUUUUUGUGGUAGCUUUGAGCGCAGAUUUAAGAUAGUUACUGGAUUGAAGAAGCCCCAAUGGAGACCGACCGAUGCGUUUCUCAAUGAUCGUAAUCCAUAUCACAGUUUUGUGAUGGCCUUUUCCAACCACAGCGAGCGGUAUCGGACUGUCGGUGUCUGGUUUAUUCUUACGACCGCUCGUCUGGCUGGUCAUCUUCAGGGGGUGCUUCGGCUUUUCUUUGAAUUGCCCGCGAAGGCAUUGCGGUUGAGCACUACUGGUAGAGGUGCUUGGGAAUGGUCUUGGAGCAGUAAAAGAGAUGUCGCUCGUGAGAUGCUUCUCCUUGCGGUAUCUAUUAUGAUGUGA